GCGCGGCGGCGAGGCGCAUGCGCCCCUCUCCUGUCCGCCUUUAAUGGCCGCCCUUCUCUGGCUUCUUGGCUCUUUUUAUUUUUCCUUUAGAAAUCUUUGGCAGAACACACUUCCUGCAUGAAAUAGGCCGACAAAUCUCCAGCUUUCAGACUGCAACCCAGCAACCAAGAUGCUUAUGAAUUACACACGCACGUGAACUGCAAAAAUCCAUUUAUUCUUUCCGUUCCCCUGACGACUGAAUCCCCAGAUGCAGAAGGGAAAGGAAGUUGUGGACUGCAGUUCUACCCCUGGCCUGGAAGACAUUCUGGCUAAACAAGAACAUGAAUCCCCUUUGAAUCAAGGGGGCAAGCAGAACCUGGGACCAAGGGGGAAAAUCUCCCCCAAACCUUUAACCUGGAGGACAUCUCAAGCAGCCCGGAGAAGUUGUAAUGCAAGCUUUAAGUCUCCGGUUCUUCCUCCGAAGAGCUGUCAGCCUGCCGAUAAGGACGUCCUGCAGCAUGAAAUUGAAGAGCUAAAACACAAGGAACUUGCUCUGGAUCAGGAAAUAGCACAAAUCAAGGCUGAAGGAUACAGCCUGGAGGAAUUGGAAAACCACAUUUCUCUGCUUCAUGAAUACAAUGAGAUAAAAGACACGGGACAAAUGCUUUUAGGCAGAUUGGCUGCAAUCAGGGGCGUCACCACCAAAGACCUCUACUCUGAAUUUGAUCUGGAUCUGAAUGAUUAGGAGGAAUGUAAAAUGUGACACACACACACACCUUGACUGUGGAAAUAUAAUGCGUGGCGAAAAGGCAAUCACUGUAAGUUCAUUAUUCCCCCAGAAAUAUUAAUGAAGCAGUAGCUUUAACUUUGGGGCAAAAAAAAAAAAAAUCAUUUAAUGGAUGGAGAAGCUGUUGGACUUAUUACCACCGUUUGGAGACGGACAGAACAGAAUUUUCUAGAUCUGGACAAAUCUCUGCAGAAUUCUAGAAAGCUGCCCUGGAUUGAGGAAUUGCUAAUGAGCCUCUCUUCGCUGUGAGAGUUGACCAGGUUAAACUAUAAAGCCAUAAAAAUAGAAAAGAGUUAUUAAUUGUAAUAAGGGCUGCAGGUGUCAUUGAUAGUCUAAAUGGAAGUGCCUUCAGCCUUGGGUCCAUUCAAGUUGAGCCCUGUUUUCUCCUCCCCCAAAGAGGGCUGAAUUUGAAGGUGGAAUCCUCUCCAAAUCAUUGUGAAUUGUUAACUAUGAUCUGAAAUGUAGGCUUCUUCAAAUAUGGCUGUUGAAAAGAGCGAGGGGCCCCUGCUCUUUUGGAACAUGUCGAGAAAGCAACAUUUGUCUAUAAAAAUGGUGAUUUAUUUGCUUGGGA